GUUUGUAAGACGGUUUGGAAAAGCCUGUCAUUAUCUUAGUUGCUUUACGUUGAGCGCGCUCCAGUGUGUUAACAUCCUUUGUAAGACUUGAACUUACUGGUGAAAUGCAAUACUCUAAGCGACGUCUCGAAUAGAUCGAGCAUAAAACAUGAAUAGUAUGUUUGUUAAGUCGUUUGAAUCUUCAGUGAAGUGACUAUAACAAUUGAAGACCUCUGAGAAUUGCUGGGUUGCAAUCCGUAGUUGUUUUCAAGUCAUGACUCACUGGUAUCCCUGUCUUGUUGUUCCUGCUCUUUUGUGACUCCUGCUGUUCCAAAGCCCUUAAAGCUUUGCGUAAGCCCUCAUCGAUACACAUCAAACUAUUUGAAUAUCACAUUGGACAGUGGUAUUGUUUCACGUUGAGUUUAAUUCACUGUUUUGAUCGUAAAUUACGUAUCAAAACUACCGUUUACACUUUAAUUGAAUUUAUUUCAGUUAACGUGACAUUGUAUUUGUGUGUUUUGAUCCUGCUUUUGUGUAUUUACUGCAUCAAAGCAUUCUUUGUCGACUGAGGCUUGUUUAUUUGAUAAGGUUGUGAUUUAUCUUACAUAUCUACCUUGCCUAUCAUUUUGCUUUAUUCUAAGAUGGUCGGCUCUGUACACAAGUGUGGACAGCCAUAUUGCUUAUUCCCCGUGGAAGAAGGGAUGCAGUGUGACGAUUGUAAGAAGUGGUUUCAUAAAAUGUGCACCCGCUUAAGCCCUGUUGCCUAUAAAAGGUGCUCGAAACCAAAUUCUCAUUGGUUCUGUAUGUUUUGUUGCUCAAGCAAGAUAUUACUCAUUCAGGAAGCCAUCAGCCUUCUAGCGUUAGCUAAAAAGGUCGAAGUAGGCCGUGCCGGCGACAUGGAUACUGAUAAUAAAGAUUGUAUCAGUGUCGUAAAUGCUGCCAUGGCAGGUACCAGACACCCAAUUUCGCAACAUGAAGCAAAAAUUUGUACUCCGGUACAACCAGUGAAAGCCAUGCCAUUUAGUACUGAGGGACCAGUCGCUUUAGCAGCGACUGAGGACCCGGCUAGAACCACUAUCGUCCAGAAUAGUUCCAAUCUGGAUGCUGAGAAUAGUGGUAAAUGGAUUACGCGGAAACGCAAAAGAGACGGAAAAAUACCCAAAGAAAGCGCGCGUAUAGUCGGUAAGUCAUCGUUGGACUUACGUCCUGAGCAUCAGGCAAUUCCGCUCAAGUCCAAAUGUAAGGAAAUAUUUAAUACUGUUGUGGAUGGAAAUAGUCUAACUUCACCAAAUGUUGUUGGGAGUAACUCACUUGACCCACAUGACACUGUAAUAAAGAAAGCUAAUAGCAAAAAGCCGGUAGCUAACCGGCAGGAUCUGACAUCACGGUCAAAGGCCGUGAACACGACUUUUAAGGCAGUUAAACAGGUGCCUAGUGUAAUCAUCUGGAACUUGGCAGAAUCGAAAGACACCGAUCCCGCUAAGAGACAUGCCCACGACCUGAAGUUAGUCGGAUCUCUCAUCAGAAAUAUACUGCCAGAGGAGGUCCCAGGGGUACAUAUAUCGAAAGUCAUCAGACUUGGUAAGUAUGUUGGAGGCGAAACCCAACAGAGAAGGAUCCUCAAAUUAGUACUCGGUAAUUUUGAGGAAAGGGACGUAUUACUAAAUAACUCACGCAAAACUCGUGACUCAAACAUUCGUAUUCGACCUGACUGGCCACUUGAGGAUCGGAUCAAGUGGAAGAAUGCUCUAACAGAGUUAAAAACUCGAAGGCUAAACGGUGAAGCGAACCUUACGAUUAAGGGUUUUCAUGUUGUCAGGUCUUGGAAGCCAAUGCUUCCGAGACCUGUGUGGGUAGAACGCAUGUCUCCAAAAACACCCUAAAUGUGUGUUAUACGAAUGCUCGUAGUCUUCGGAAUAAGAUGUCUGAACUAAGUUUGAUGGUAGACGACUUAAAUCCGGAUAUAAUUGUUAUCACCGAAACUUGGCUCACUGUAGAUAUAGACUGUUCUCCAGUCAUUUCAGGCUACAUCUGUGUCAGAAGUGAUAGAGUUAGAAGUCGCAAGGGAGGAGGCAUAAUAUUAUAUAUUAGGGACCACUUCCGCAUUAACUCGAUCAUAUCGGAGGCGCAUGUAAGUGGUACGUGUGAGGUAGUAUGUUGUACAAUUAGGUCUAGAAACGGGUUAGUGACGAUAGGAGGAAUAUAUCGUAGUCCGUGUUGUCUCACUGACGACUUUAUCCUAAAACACGUCUGUU